AUGGCUUCAUUUACUGCAAAGGAAGUGGCCGCUCACAACACCCGCGGUGACUGUUGGACAAUCAUCAAGGGACAGGUCUAUGAUGUUACAAAAUACAUGGAAGACCACCCUGGUGGUGCAGACGUCCUCAUUGAAUCAGCUGGAAAAGACUCAACAAUAGAGUUCGACAGUGCUGGUCACUCCGAGGAUGCCUUUGAGAUUAUGGAAGAGUAUCGCAUUGGAGAGUACAAGGGCGCACCUGUCCGAAAUGCUCCCAAGGCUGUUACUCUCAAAAAGUCUGCUCCCAUCGCUGCCGCUGGAAGCAGCAUUGCCACAACCGCUCUUACAGCUACUGCUGCCAUCUCAGUUGCUGCCGCCGCUCUUCACCAGGCAUACCGACUGAACCCCGAGAUCCUGGCUUCUCUUCCCAAAAUCAAGCCUGGAUCCGGAUCUGGACCUGGUUUCCUCGAAGGCUUCAUCAUUGCUUCUGCGCUCUUCACCGUCGCUGGUACUGUCGGCGUCAAGAAGCUAUCAAAGCACCUUCACUUUGAGGAGGGUGGUUUCAUGAGCUAUGCUCCCCACAAGAAGAUGCCCAAGGUCACAAAGCUUAACCCUCUUCUUCAAAGAGGAUGGCUCGACCCUAUAGCAUACCACGCUCUUCCUUUGACUGUCAAGGAGGAGAUUGCUCCCAAUGUCUUCCGUCUGGUUUUCGCUCUUCCAACGCCUACAACAGUCCUCGGUCUACCAACUGGUCAACAUCUCGCCAUCAAGGCCGAAAUCGACGGCAAAUCAGUCAACAGAUCCUACACACCCAUCUCAAAUAACAGUGAUCUUGGAAAGCUUGAGCUUGUCAUCAAGUGCUAUCCCGAUGGUAUUCUCACCGGCAGAUACCUCGCCAACCUCGAAAUCGGCGACGAGGUGCAAUUCCGUGGACCCAAGGGCUCUAUGCGUUACCAGCGUGGUCUUUGCAAGAGAAUAGGCAUGCUGGCUGGUGGAACAGGCAUAACUCCCAUGUUCCAGAUUAUCCGCGCCAUCUGCGAAGACGACCGCGAUCUCACACAAAUCAGCCUCGUGUACGCCAACCGCUCAGAGCAGGAUAUUCUGCUACGCGAGCAGCUCGAGACUUUUGCCCGACGAUACCCCCAGAACUUCAGACUUUACUAUCUUGUUGAAAAGGCGCCCGAGAAUUGGGCGUACGGAACUGGUUACGCUACACAGGAGCUUAUGGAGGAGAAGUUCCCCGCGCCUGGGCCCGACUCCAAGAUUAUGCUAUGCGGACCACCUGGCAUGAUCAAAGCGGCCAAGACAUCUCUUGGCAACUUGGGAUUCGAGCAGCCUGGAGCGUCUUCCAAGAUGACUGAUCACAUCUUUUGCUUCUAG